UUAAUACCUCCACUAUGCCUCCCGACCCAAAGGAUGCGCCGUUUCCAACGAGGCAACUUAUCAUUAUCGGAAUAUGCCGAUUCUCCGAGCCUCUCGCCUUCAACUCCAUCCUCGCCUACUCGUUUUUGAUGGUCCAGGACCAAGGCAUUCCUAAACGCGAUGCCUCGUUCUAUGCUGGGCUGCUCGUGUCGGCCUACGCUAUCGCCGAGGCCAUUACCGCCCCGAUCUGGGGUACGAUCUCAGAUCACUAUGGCCGAAAACCAGUCGCGCUCAUUGGUCUGGCUGGCGUCGCCAUGUCGAGUAUCGUAUUCGGCCUGUCCAAGACAUACUGGGUGGCGCUGCUUGCACGAUUUGUCGGUGGUGCGCUGAAUGGGAAUGUCGCAAUCAUGCAGACUAUGGUCGCUGAAAUGGUCAAGAACCCAGCCCACGAGCCACGCGCAUACGCAACCCAACCGUUCGUAUGGACAUUGGGCUCAAUCAUUGGCGCAGCAUUGGGUGGCUUCCUCGCCCAGCCAGCUAGGCUCUACCCCCACCUCUUCCCGAAGGACGGCGUCUUUGGACGCUACCCAUAUCUUCUGCCCAACCUCGUAGCAGCCAUUGGAAUCGUUCUCGCCAUCAUUCAAGGCAUGGUGUUCUUGGAGGAGACCCUUGUCAAGGAGGAAAAGGAAGAAGAGAACGGCACGGCCGACCACCACGAUUACCACGACCAUCUUGGCACAAUCAACGAGUCCAACGAGAGGAGCCGUCUUCUUCCGCCGCCAUCGCACGUUCGAGAUCGCGAAGUUCGCGGCUCCAUGGCUGGGUCUCUUCGACCACGCGGAUCGAUAGCAAGUUUUACGCGUGAGCGACUAGCUUCCAUUUCCGUGCAAGGUAGCAUGCGUCAGAUUCGCAAGCGAGCAUCGUUCUUGGAAGAAGGUAUGCCUAUGCCGUUCGAUCAGCGUUUCGAUAUUCGCCGCUCGUCCUUUGGAACUAUGCACUCGAUCAGGAUCCACCAAGACGUUCUACCUAUCCGUGGCCAACCCAACGGAAAGCCUCGGAAGACGUUGAACAGGACUGUAGUCAUGGUCAUCUUCGCAAUGGCCAUCUUCGCCUUCCACCAAAUGGCUUACGUCUCUAUUCUGCCAGUCUACAUUCUUGAUGAGCCGACUUCGACAGGUCUGGACUUCAAAGGUGGCCUCGGAAUGACUCUGCCUGACGUUGGUACUUACCUUGCGAUCAACGGGUUCAUCACUCUCUUCGUUCAAGGUUUCGUCUUUCCCAUCUUUGUGGAAUGGGCUGGAGUCUGGAAGUCUUUCGUAUGGAUGAUCAUCUUGUAUCCAACGACGUACUUUAUCGUUCCCUUCAUCAGUGCCCUCCCGCACGGACUCGAGUCUCCCGGCAUCUACUUUUCGCUCACUUUGCAGGCGUUCUACGGUAUCAUCGUGUUCCCAUGCGCUCUUAUCCUCAUGAAGAACGCCAUACCCUCGCCGCUUGUACUCGGUCGUGUCAACGGUCUGGCGAUGUCGGCGUGUUGUUUGGCACGAACGGUUUCAGCUCCUCUUAUCGGACUGGUGUAUUCGCUCGGUGGAUCUGCGGCAGCCUACUUCUUCCUCGGCCUAGUGUCAAUAUUCGGUAUCAUCCAGUUGAUCUGGGUUCCUAAUGACCACAUUGGCACAGUUGAGAUCGACAAUGGGCUCAAGAAGGUCAUGCAUCAUGACGCGGACGAGGACGCCGUGGACGAUAUCUCGGUCUUUGAGUCUGUACGAUAACAGAGCUCACGAAUCACAUGCGCAUAGUUUGACACGGAGGGGGUUUCCAGGUGGCAUAGGUGGCAAUGUUUCUGGAGAGGUACUCUAUUCCUCGAUGUUUUGUUUUUGCAUGGGUCGUUCGGCGUUCGGAUAUAUUAUAUCCUUACAGCCUCACUCUUGAGGUUUGGGCUUUCAUUUCUCUAUCGGGCAUGUGAGCAUUUCUUGCAUAGCGAGUUCAAAAGCUGGUAGCAAUCACGGCUGGCCUUUUGCAAUGUACGUCAGUCUCUCGACUAUCACUUUAAACCAUAUCGCGCAACUGUUGUCCGUGAACAAAAUAUUCAAGUCUGACCAAAACUGUGAUCCCUGGGGAAGUUUUUUUAUAAUGGACGAGAUAUUGAUUGUACCUAGGACGUAGUUGUCAGUAUAGAGAUGCUGUGAG